UUAUCCCCUCUCCCGCUGAAAUACCAGGUGUUAUAAAUAAGGGAGAAGAAUUUCUCCCGCCUGGUGGGGACCAACCAGAGCCGCAGGCCGAGGCAUCCUCCCUGUCCUUUGCCCGCCCUGGCCUUGACACCAUGCCAGGGUUGCUCAUGUCCAUGCAGAACAGGCUGCCUGGAGCCUUUGCAAGGCUGCUGAGCGCCUGGGGCAGGUGCCCCGGAGCAGUGCAAGGGGGUGGCAGGCGGCGUGUGUGCAGUAGAGGCAGGGUCCCCGUUUGCAGAGCACCCGCUCCCUGGGUAUUGGCAAGGGGCUUCCGGAGCUGGGCAACGGCUGCUCCGUUGGCCAUGGCAGCCAAGGUAGAUUUGACCACUUCCACCGACUGGAAAGAGGCUAAAUCCUUUCUUAAAGGCUUGAACAACAAGCAGCGGCGAGAGCAUUACUUCACCAGGGAUUUCAUCAAACUGAAGCAAAUACCUACCUGGAAGGAAAUGGCCAAAAGUAUCCGGGUCAGGCAGCCCGAAGAAACUGUUUUCCCCAAGAAUAAUAGUCUGAACGAGAAGAUCUCUCUCUUCCGUGGUGAUAUCACUAAGCUGGAGGUGGAUGCCAUUGUCAACGCAGCUAACAGUUCCCUGCUGGGAGGCGGCGGCGUGGACGGGUGCAUCCAUCGUGCCGCAGGUCCCUUGCUCAAAGAAGAAUGCCGGUCCCUGAAUGGCUGUGAGAUCGGCAAAGCCAAAAUCAGCUGUGGGUACCGUCUCCCCGCCAAAUUCGUCAUUCACACAGUGGGACCGAUCGCACAGGGGGAUCCCAGCCCCGCGCAGCAGACGGACCUCAGCAACUGCUACAAGAACAGCCUGAAACUCGCUGCAGAGAACAAGUUGCGAACUGUGGCCUUCCCCUGCAUUUCCACAGGCGUAUUUGGCUACCCCAAUGAUGCUGCUGCCGAGAUUGUGCUUAACACGUUACACCAGUGGCUAGAGGAGAAUAAGGAGAAGGUGGACCGACUCAUCAUCUGUGUCUUCCUGGAGAAAGACGACGAGAUCUACAAGGAGAAGAUGCCCCGGUUCUUCCCCGUCGAUCCCUGUGAGGGGCCCCCGCCCCCCCCGCCUCUGAGCCUGCUUGAGAUGGGCCCUCCCACCCCCACCAAAGCAGGAGCCCGGAGGACACCGCAUGCGUCGGGCAAAGGCCGAGGAAGAUCUGGGGGGGAAGCGCCACCACACCAUCCGAGACUGCGGCACUCUGGAAUAAAACCAUGCAAAAGCAAUCUGGCUGCACACCGUGCCUUCGCUGGACCCACCUACCUCCUUCCAAAAGUUACUCACUGCAACGCUGAGGGCCAGAAUCUUGCCACGCAGGGGCUCUAA